AUGACCGUCUCCCACCCAAACCCCGCCACUAUCACAAUCGGCGUGCUCGCCCUCCAGGGCGCAUUCAGCGAACACAUUCAAUUAUUGCGCGCUGCCUCGCGUCAGUACCCCAAUCACACUUUCUACCUUCUCGAGAUUCGCACUGCGGAGCAACUGGCACAAUGCGAUGCUCUCAUCAUUCCCGGCGGCGAAUCAACAACCAUGUCUCUUGUCGCUUCUCGCUCCAACCUCCUCGAACCCCUCCGCUCUUUUGUCAAAGUACUCCGGCGACCAACAUGGGGAACAUGCGCAGGCCUGAUAUUAUUGGCCGAGAGUGCAAAUCGGACCAAGAAGGGAGGUCAGGAACUAGUGGGCGGAUUGGACGUGCGCGUCCGAAGAAAUCACUUCGGGAGACAGCAGGAGAGUUUCGUCAAAGGUCUGAACCUGCCCUUCCUUUCGUCUGGAAAUCAAGAUGAAAAGGAGCAAGAACCAUAUCGAUGCGUCUUCAUCCGCGCCCCCGUCGUAGAAAAGAUUCUGCCCCACAAACAAGAGGGCGAGCAAGAUGGCGAGAAAGGCCUCGAAGAUACAGUCGUUGCCCCCAGUCAGACCCCAGGUGACGAACUGGCGCGGCUGGAACUGAAUGCCCAAGUGGAAGUCAUGGCGACGCUGGGCGCGGACACGACGAACGGGGAGCAAGGACAGGGCCAUGAGGAAAUCAUCGCGGUGAGACAAGGGAACGUGUUUGGAUGUAGUUUUCACCCAGAGUUGACGAACGAUGCGCGCAUACAUAGCUGGUGGUUGGGAGAGGUUGUUGGAGCAGUAGAAAGGAGGAGGCAGUUUGAGCUUGCGGAUCGGACAAAGGUCUAG